AUGGUGACCGUAGCAGGGGAAAAAGGUAUGGCCGGAGGCGAAGCUUCAGCCGCAGCUGGAGCCGGAGUGGUAGUCGUAGCCGUAGCCGAAGUAGGACACCUAUGGAAGUACCCGGCUACUAGUAAUGAAGUGGAAGAGGUAAUUCAAUGUCAUAGAUUGGUCUCGGAUGUGCAUUUAACUGGUUGCGAAGAUUCAUGGGCAUGGAAUCAAGGUUCGAAUGAAGGCUACUCGGUUAAGGAAGCUCGAAAAUGGUUAAAAAGCAAUGACUCAAGCGAAGGUAAUAUGGUUUUUAAUUGGUGCAAGUGGAUACCGAAUAAAUGUAACAUUUUUAUGUGGAGGGCGAGUUUGGAUAGACUUCCUACACAAAGCGCUCUCAUUAGACGAAACAUUAAUGUGGGGGAUGGAUUAUGUGCGUUUUGUGGAGAAAUCGAUAAAACGGUAGAUCAUUUGUUUUCGGGGUGCAGGGUUGCGUGUGGAGUGUGGAAUGUGAUUGCGUCUUGGUGUAAAAUCCCUCGGUUCUUCGUGUUUUCAGUCCUCGACGCGUUGCAGAUCAUCAAUCAAAUGGCCGAAUCUGAGAAAAAGAAAGAGAUAGUAUAUGGAAUCAUCAUUAUUGCGUGUUGGAGAAUUUGGAAGGCGAUGAACGGAAAGAUUUUCAAUGGGGCGGAUUCGAACGUCGUUCAAAUUGUUUCGGAUGUUAAAUCUAUGGGGUAUCUCUGGUAUAGGAGUAGACAUAAGGAGGGUACGAUCGAUUGGAGAAAUUGGUGUAAUUUUUCUUUCUCAUUGAUGUAA